AUGACGCUUGAAGCCGACUCGGGUCGGUAUCCGACUAGGAAGCGCGCCCGACAGGCGUGUCUUCAUUGCAAUCGGCGCCGUAUCCGCUGUAAUGUCCUUGAGACGCGGCCUUGUCACAACUGCGUCUCUAUGAAUGUUCCCUGUGAAGUGGGGGUAUCCAAGCGAGGAAAGUAUCCUCGCAAGAAGGCUUUACGACAGUUGGGCACUCCACAAGAGGGAGAUUCCAUAAUCUCGGAAUCGACUGUUUCCGCCGAUAAUAGUAUUUUCCAGCCUGGUGAUAGUUCGCUUGUGCAUAUAGAUGCAUCGGAUUCUCCCGAUCUACGCCAUCGUCUGGGACAACGCGGCAGCAGUGUGACACAUAGUCGGAACAGCUUUGGAGCUUCUUGGAUAUCACCUGGAGAUACGACAACUGUGUCUCAUCAGACCGUGUUCCUAGGAGAAUCAAGUCCCCUGACGUGUGUUAUUGACGAGGGGCGGCGGUCGCCUGAGAAAGGUCCGGCGAACGCUAUGCAAAAUACUCGUCUUCAUUACCCCAUCCCAGAAAGGCUGGACGCUAAUAGUACGCGUGAUGAAGCUCUCCGCGCACACAGGCGAAAGGUGCAAGAGCAGCUGAAUGCUGACGGUGCAUUCUCCUACCCCCCAACAGAAACUUGUGCCAUACUACUGAGAGCCUACUUCACAUGGUUCCACCCAUGCUUUCCCAUUUUGGACCGCUUAGCGGUCAAACAGUCAUACGUCCGAGGCGAUAUCUCUCACCUUCUGCUGCAGUCGAUGCUCUUCAUAGGAGUUAGUCUUUGCACUGACGAAGACUUUGCACGCACAGAGUUCUCUGUUCGAUAUCGAGCUAAGUUCCUCUUUUAUGGUCGGGCUAAGGCCAUAUAUGAUGCCGAUUGGGAGCCGAACAAAACGACCAAGCUGCAGUCAUUGUUCUUGCUAAGCUCCUGGCGCGGAGGCCCAUCUGAAGAACGCGAUACGCGGUUCUGGCUGGGAGUAGCUAUCAGCCUGGCUCAAAAGCGUGGCAUGCAUAUGAUGUCCAAACUACCCUUCCCGUCCGCGCGGGAAGAGAAAUUAUGGAAGCGAAUAUGGUGGGCCCUUUAUAUACGCGACCAGCAGAGUGCAGCAGCCUUGGGUCUUCCGCCUCGGAUACGAGACGAGGACUGCGAUGUGGCAAUGCUUGAGCCCAGCGAUAUCCGUGAAGACGAAACAGUUGAUGAUGCAAAUGUGUUUGGAGGACAGAGAGACGAAGAUAUAGUCUAUCCGGCGCAAAUGGCCAAAUUAGCCAGGAUAUUGCGAACUAUUGUCUCGACACAAUACCUUCCUGUGCAGUCCGAUACCGACGAAUCAUCGCGCACAAAGUUACAACAAACACUAUGCGAAUGGGAAUCAUGCUUGCCUGCAGCCCUGAAACUAGAAAGUGCAACGUCCCCGAAGGCAAUGUUUUUGACCGGGUUGCUGCACAUGACGUACAAUAACUUGUACAUUCUCCUACACCGAUCAUCGUUCCUCAAUUCUUCCAAUUCUUCCGUGAAUAAAGCAGGCCAGGUUGCACUGGAUGCCGCAACUAGGAGUACCAGGAUUAUUGAGGACAUGCUGUCUCACAACCUUGCCCAACAUGGGCCUACCCAUCUAAUCACCCAUACAUUUUCAACGCUGUGUAUCCAUACCAUCCAUUGUCGACGAACGUCCGGAACCGCUAGGAAGUUGGCAGAACACCGCGCAAAGCUCUGUCUUCUUGGGCUCCAGGAGCUACAGAAAACAUGGGAUAUAGAAAAUUGGGUACUAAAUCUUUUCUUCCGGUGCCUGGAUGAUAGCACCGCGCGUACCCUCCGCUUGACAGACAUUGUCACACCAUCAGGCCAGCCAGUAAACCAGAUUGAGACUACCGAGAAAAGUACCCAUACAGAUCAAGCUCAGGAUCUGCCUACCCCGACUGAGGCCAUGGAUUCUAUUCGUGAUGACCCCACACUAGCACCUGCCCUACAACCGUCCCCGAGCAUGGAGAAUGCGGAUAUAACAGCGUCCAGUGAAUGGUACGGAUUGUUUAACUUUACUGAUGAUUUUACGGAUGUCCUAGGGGCAUCCUCACAUCAUGAUUCACUCAACUUGCAAAACCUGGAAUUUUUAUACCGAUUCCUAUAA